GUGGACUUAUAAAAACACUGCGCUGAUCGGGUCCACCUCACUCGUCGGACAGGAACGGCUGCAUUGUCCCACACACCGUCCGACCAAGGCACACCUGAGGCUGACAGUCCGUCGCGCCCGUCCUUAGCGAGCCAGCCCCAUCGCUAGCCGGGCUCGACCCUGUCUGCCCGCCCCUCCAAGGCCAUUUCCUGGGAUUUCCACCACAGGCAGCAGGAUAUUCACCUGCACCCAGCCCAGAGUAGACGUCCCAUUUCGUCCAUUCAUUGUUAGCCUGGAAAGCAAAGGCGUGGGCGCAGUCCCCCAGGAUGAUCAGCUACUUCAGGAAGAUGCCAGCUGUGCUGCUCGCCAUUGGUCUGUGCCUUUUGCAAGAUGCUCAUGACACAACUGUGAUUCCAUCAUGCAUCCCAGGAGAAUCAGAUGAUAACUGCACCGCUUUAGUUGAAAUGGAAAACAGUCCUCGGGUGGCUCAAGUGGCAAUUACAAAAUGUGAAGAGGACAUGCAAGGCUACUGUUUACAUGGGCAGUGUAGCUAUGUGGUGGAUAUGAGUCAACACGUUUGUAGGUGUGAACUGGGCUACACUGGCAGCCGAUGUGAACAUUUUUUACUAACUGUUCACAAACCCUUGAGCAAAGAAUAUGUGGUACUGACGGUCAUUCUUGUUUUUCUGGUCCUGAUCAUCAUUGCUGGGUCCAUAUAUUACUUCCUCAGGUGGUAUAAAAACAGAAAAAGCAAAGAAUCAAACAAGGAGUAUGAAAGGGUGACUUCAAAUGAUGAAAAGAACCCAACAUUGCUACAAGUUUGAAAGAAGAAGCAAAUGAUACAUCCUACCACCUGCCUGCUGACAACC